CCAACUCAUAUCCUUAAAAGGAGAGAGAAGAAACAGUGGACGCAGCUAACCUCUUCAAACCCACACUUCAUCCCCCUACUCCUUUCCCUUCCAGGUCACCUUCCAGGUGCAGGCAACGGCACCCCUUGGGGGUCAGCAGCGAGGGAGGAGAUCUGGGCGGGAUCAGGAGUAGAGGUGGAGGGCGCAGAGCUGCUCACCUUUUCAGCUGCCGCCAAGGUCAGAGUGGGAGUGACUGUUGCGCUGUUUGUUUCUUCGGCUGGAGGGAACCUGGCCGUGCUGUGGUCAGUGACACGGCCGCAACCCAGCCAGCUCCGCCCCUCUCCGGUAAGGCGACUCUUUGCCCAUUUAGCAGCUGCCGACUUACUGGUCACUUUUGUGGUUAUGACCCUAGAUAGUUAUGCCACCUGGAAUAUCACUGUUCAAUGGCUGGCCGGGGACAUCGCAUGUCGGACACUCAUGUUCCAACUAAUGGCCAUGUAUGCCGCAGCUUUCCUGCCUGUGGUCAUUGGGCUCGACCGCCAGGCAGCCGUACUCCACCCGCUUGGACCCUACUCAACUGGAAGGAAACUUCUGGGGGCAGCCUGGGUACUCGUUUUCCCGCUUGCCUGGAAGGGGAGUGACUUGUUGGAACUCAGGGCUAGACUGGACAAGAAUUUGGGUACACAACAGGAGCCUUCGGAUUCAAGGGGUGUGCUUGGCCGUGGUCACUGUUAAUCCUCAGCGUGGGGGCCUCUGCUAUCUCUCUUGCAAAAUCACAGACACAUCAGGAAAAUAAUUUCAGCUAAAAAUGUUGGUGAGGUGGAAGAGAUAUCCUUUGAUAAAAUGCAAUGUUAGAACAGUACUUAAGACAGGGUUCUUUAAGUCCCAGAUUUAACAAACAUAGCCUAAGAGGAAGAUAGGGAGUUUCAAGAUGCAUUCCUAACCUUUUAAAUAUAGCACCAUGGAUGUACCAUUACUCAGCACUGCAGGAAAUUAAGAACGAAUUGGGAUUAUGCACUGUAUUAGCUCCCAAGUUUUCUCAACAAUCUCAUUUAAAAAAAAAAAAAAGAAUGAAUUGGGAAGAGAUAGUGUUGAACUGGUGGAUAGGUUGGCAUGGGAGGGGAAAGGUAGACCAGUUCUAAUAGUCCUUGACUCCACUCCAGCUGUUCCUGUUCCAUACCGCCUGCUGAGCUGGUCCAGUCCCCUUCACUCAGUGUGUCACCAAAGGCAGCUUCAAGGCCUGAUGGCAAGAGACCACCUCUUCACCUUCUGCUGCCUCUUUCUGCUGCCACUGACUGCCAUGACCGUCUGCUAUAGCUGCAUUGUCCUCAGUGUGUCCAGUCCCCAGACAAGGACGGGGAACCAUGCAUGGUGAGACCCCAACCCCCAGGCCCGAACCCGUACCCUAAAACUAUUGCCUCUAGCCUCAUAAAUUUGAUAGCUAUCUAUCAAACCAAAAGUGAGUUGCUAACCAUAUCUCUAGCAGCUGAUGCUGCACAUAACUUUAUUGAAUGCCUUCAAUUCUAACCAGCCACCAGCCAUCAUUCUCUGAAGUGGAGUUAGCUGGGCAAGAAUUAAGGAGAAGGGUGAUCAAUAUUCCUUUGCUCUUGGACAUCAACAAGACUUCAAAUAGACUUUGUAGCUUCAUGUAACACAGCACCUCAAUCAAAACCUUUUUUGCAGCACGUCUGUCAUAAUCUCUGGUGGGAGGGGAGCAUAUAGUCCCAGGUUGGGAAGGGGAAGAGGGCUCGUACCAUUCUCGUCCUUGUAAGGGGAGAGCUCCAUCUCACUAUUUCUGCCCUUCCAUCAACUCAGAAGCUGAGUGGUUCUGAAUUUGAGUGUAUUUUCUAAGUUCCCAGCCCCUGCUGGUGAAUUUGCCUUCCACCGCUCCUUAGACAAUCGCCCCCGCGUUCAUCUUCAGGGUCUGCGACUGGCCCUGCUUGUCUUGCUGACCUUCGUCCUCUGAUGGACACCUUAUAACCUGCUGGGUCUUUGGUACUGGUUCUCUCCCACCAUGCUAACUGAAGUGCCUCCCCCCAGCCUCAGCCACAUCCUUUUCCUCUUUGGCCUCCUCAGUGCUCCUCUGGAUCCUCUCCUCUAUGGGGCCUUCACCCUUGGCUGCCCAAGAGGGCACCAAGAACUUAGUAUAGACUCCUCCAGGGAAGGAGGUUCUGGGAGAAUGCCCCAACAGGAGAUUCAGGCCCUUAGACAGAUGAAAGUACAAACAAAUGUGGCAGCAAGAAAGGCAGGAGAAACAAAAGAGACAUUCCUGUGACAUCCAUUUGCUCAGGAGAGCAUAUAUAAGAACAGAAUAAUUAUUCUCUAGUAUCAUGAGAACAUCUCACUUGUACCCCUGCUCCCUUAGCUUCCAAGUAAAAGAAAUACUGAGCAGUGUUUCUACUUUGACCCUAAGUGAGACUUGAGACUAUAUUUAAUGCAGAAAC